AAACGAGGUGCGUCUAGGCGGUGGAUACAAAAGAUCCCGAGGGAUGCCCAUUAGCUUUUAGCGACUCAGUCCUGUUCCAAAAAACAAAACCGACCGAAGGGACAAUCACAAAAUACCUUUCUAGUCAUAUAGGCUACGUUUUCUGUGCGACAAAGAUCUUUUAUCAGCCCACGUGAGAAAGUGGAUUCGUUUUUAAGGUGUGUCGGUAGAGCUGGCUAUUGUCAGAAGGCGAGGAGAAGACUCCAGCGAAGAUUAAGAUGAGGAAGAGUAGGAGUGUGUUGACUGUGUCACCAAACAAUGACUGUAAAGAGCCUCCUGACUGUGGGAUGGCCGAGUCGUUCACCUCUCCGUCCUGCACACUCGGGGUGGACCUGCGCCGUGGCCGCCGACGCUUCUCUGGCAACCUGCAGCUGCCUCCACUGUCAUGGCGACAGGCGGAGAGGUCCCGCACACCUGACGAUGAGUACAUGAGUCGGCCGACCACGCUGCCCUUCGCCGCGCCCCCACGCAUCGACAUCACCCCUGUGGACCCAGACUGCUUCGAUGUGGAGAAUGGCCCCUCCGCCAGCUGCAGUCCAUUGGACCCUCAGGCCUCGCCGGGCUCGGGCCUGGUCCUGCACACCAACUUCCCGGGCCACAACCAGCGGCGGGAGUCCUUCCUCUACCGCUCGGACAGCGACUAUGACCUUUCGCCAAAGUCCAUGUCACGGAACUCCUCCAUCGCCUCUGAGUUGCACGGGGAUGAUCUGAUCGUCACACCUUUCGCUCAGGUUCUUGCAAGCCUUCGAAGUGUAAGAAAUAACGUCACUGUCUUGACCAAUGUCCAGUGUGCCUCAAACAAGAGGUCUCCUGCGGGGACUCAGCCCAAUAUGACCAGAGUCUGCCUGCCAGACGACUCCUACCAGAAGCUAGCCAUGGAGACCAUGGAGGAGCUGGACUGGUGUCUGGACCAGCUGGAGACCAUCCAGACCUACCGCUCCGUCAGCGACAUGGCGUCCACCAAGUUCAAAAGAAUGCUGAACCGGGAGCUGACGCACCUGUCCGAGAUGAGCCGUUCUGGCAACCAGGUGUCUGAGUUCAUCUCCAACACCUUCCUAGACAAGCAGAACGAUGUGGAGAUCCCCUCACCCACGCCGAAGGCUCGGGAGAAGAAGAAGAAGCAGCAGCUGAUGACUCAGAUCAGUGGUGUGAAGAAGGUGUCCCACGGACCGAGCCUCUCCAACUGCACCGUGAUCGCCCGCUUUGGAGUUAAGACGGACAAGGAGGACUUGCUUGCCAAGGAACUUGAAGACCUAAAUAAAUGGGGAUUGAACAUCUUCACCGUGUCAGAAUACUCCCACCACCGGCCUCUCACCUGCAUCAUGUACGCCAUUUUCCAGGAGAGGGAUCUGCUGAAGACAUUCAAGAUCCCGGCGGACACAUUUGUGGCCUACAUGAUGACGCUGGAGGACCAUUACCAUUCAGACGUGGCCUACCACAACAGCCUGCACGCCGCCGACGUGGCCCAGUCCACACACAUCCUGCUCUCAACGCCUGCGUUAGACGCCGUCUUCACAGACCUUGAGAUCCUCGCUGCCAUUUUCGCUGCUGCCAUCCAUGAUGUGGACCAUCCAGGAGUGUCCAACCAGUUCCUCAUCAAUACAAAUUCUGAGCUGGCCCUCAUGUACAAUGAUGAGUCGGUCCUGGAGAACCAUCAUCUGGCCGUGGGCUUUAAGCUGCUACAGGAAGACAAUUGCGACAUCUUCCAGAACCUCACCAAGAAGCAGAGGCAGUCCCUCAGGAAGAUGGUCAUCGACAUGGUACUGGCCACAGACAUGUCCAAGCACAUGAGCUUAUUGGCAGACCUGAAGACCAUGGUGGAGACCAAGAAAGUGACGAGUUCUGGAGUGCUGCUUCUCGACAACUACACUGACAGGAUACAGGUCCUGCGGAACAUGGUGCACUGUGCUGACCUGAGCAACCCCACCAAGUCCCUGGAGCUGUAUCGGCAGUGGACCGACCGCAUCAUGGACGAGUUCUUCCACCAGGGCGACCGCGAGAGGGAGCGGGGCAUGGAGAUCAGCCCUAUGUGUGACAAGCACACGGCAUCUGUGGAGAAGUCUCAGGUGGGCUUCAUUGACUACAUCGUACACCCUCUGUGGGAGACGUGGGCAGACCUGGUCCACCCCGAUGCACAGGACAUCCUGGACACUUUGGAGGACAACAGGAACUGGUACCAGAGCAUGAUCCCUCAGAGCCCCUCACCCCCUUAUGAGACUGACAAGGAGGGCCAGGGCGUCGGUGGUGGCACAGGGGACAAGUUUCAGUUUGAGAUGACCCUGGAGGAGGAGGACUCAGAGGGGACAGAGAAGGAUGAGCAGAGUCAGGGUGAUGAGGAUGAGGAGGAGGAGGAAGGGGAGGAGGAGGAAAGGGAGGAGCCCAUGGAACCGGCCACCACGCACAUUGAGAUCGUCACGCAUGACGCCUCACCCGUGGACACAUAGGACCUGCUCUUUACCUGUCAGUCACUUAAACAUGGCCGACACGGGUCUUUCACGUUUUCCUUUAUCAAGAGGGAAGGAAAUCUUGCAUAAAGGCAAUGUUUUUUGAGAAGCCCAAAAGGGGGGCGUCUAUUUGAGUCCCCUUUGGUGGGGGUGAGAGUCACACCCCCUCCAUGCACUUGCUUUUGGAGCCAGAGAUGGACAGUUUCUGUGGGAACGACCACAGAGCUCUCAGGAAAAAAAUGCUGCAGACAUUUUGGACCUGAUUGAUUGACAGGUGACUUGGGGAAAAUGAAGGAUCGGGGCCAACCAAAUGACGUUUGUUUUCACUCAGACAAGCGUUAGACGUGUUGACACUACUGAAAGAAAGGAUGGUUUUUGUACCAAGUGACUUUUUAUCAAGCGAACGGGAUGUCAGGAGGUAGCAAAAUGAACUACUGACAAACACGUUAUUUGUAAAGACAGAAACUGUUUACUUUUUUCUGUACCAUUUGUCUACAGACUUUGUGUGCCUUUUUUACUAUUGUCUUUUUAAGAGUCUUUUUUAUUUAUUGAACACACUUUAGUAAAAAUGUAUGUGAAAUGUUUUUGUUUUCUAAGGAAAAACAGCUUCAGAGUAGAAUUGUUUUGUAUUUCAGCAGAAAAAGAGAACUCUGUGUCUUCCUACGAUAUUAGGCAAUAUUAAGAAUAAUCCAAACAUCAAACAACCGGUCAAAGUCAAAAAUUUCCCAUGAAACAUGCACUUUCUGUCACCUUUUUGUUGUUUUGUUUGUGUUUUCAUAUGUGCACAAUACUUGUGUUUGUGUAGAGAUCUGUAUAAUUCAGUACCUCUGUCAGCAGACGUAUUGCCUGUUCAAAAUGAAGGCCCCAAACAUCUGAUUUGUCAGAAGUGUUGUGUAAUGCACACACUGCCAAAGUAUCCCCAAUUGAUCCAGUAGCCAGUACCAUGGAAAGCCUUAAUCAACAAAAACACUGGCAGAGAUCAGUAGCUGGCAGGAGGCUGGGGGGGGGUAGGCCUAAUCAUGUAAUCUGCACUUCAGUGUCAGUCAGGCCAAAGUAAUUUUCACUUCAAAGUUUUCCUCCAUUUUAUACUCAUCCUGUUAGUCUAACACAAUAGACACAUGCUAACCUCCCUCCCCUGAAAUUUUAUGAUUCAAGUCCUGCUGCCCCACUCAGAAUCCUCUAUCAUCGUCCAGAUGAAAGGGUUCCGAGCAAAUCUUAACUGUCAGAGCAGACUUUUUGUUUGGUAACAGGCAGCUGUCUUCCCAUCAAAAGGAAAUUGGCUAAAAAAAGGCGUAACAGCUUCUCAUAACAGCUUCUGUUACUCAUGCCAUUAUCAUGUAUUGGCUUAUGCUUUCCCUGGACUAGACUGACCAAGACAUUGAAAUGAAACUACAGAUCACACUUUGCUUUAAUCUAGAAAUUGAAAUCAAAUAAGUAACCCCAUCACCUUUAAUGCUAAAGAAAUAUUCUAUUUAGUUUCAUUUUACUUUUAUAUGUUUACUGUUAACAAAGAGAGAUUAGAGUUCAAUACUGGAGUUUCCUUUUUUUCCUUUUUGGACCUCAUUGAGGUCUUUUAUUCCCAGUGACAAUAAGUCAUGAUUCAAUCCAAAUUCGAUGUGGCUUUCAUGCUCCAUGGUACUUUAACUACCCAACUCUAAUUCACUCAAACAGAAGUAAGUGAAUUGUCACCGAUAUGUAUGUAUAUGAAUGUGUCAGAGUGAGAGUGAGUGUGGACGUGUGUGGACGUGUACAGCACAGUGUGCAUGUGUGUCUGCCUGUUUGGGUGUGUAUUCGCGUAAAAGACUUAACCCAAUAUGAAUCAUCAGCCCAUGUAUUUUUCAACUUUGUCCGGUUUGUCAAUCAAGCUCACAUCGGUCCUGUUGCUGUUUAUAACAGUAUAUUUAUUAUUCUAGGCUGUAAAUAAGAAUGAUGUUUCAUUGUAAAUCUAUUUUAAUUUAUAUGCACUUGCAUUACCGGAGAGUGGUGGUGUUACAUGUGUAGUGGACUCAGAGUUUGAGUCCAAUUUCUUUUUUUAUUUUAUUUGGUAAUAUAUUGUUUUGUUUUAUAUAUAAAUAAAUAUAUAUAUAUAUAUAUAUCUAUAUGAAUAUAUCGCACAAUGUCUGACUGCUUCGAUCAGCAGCAUUUAAAGGCAUUAGUUACCCAGAGGCUGGAAUUGCACAAUGCUGGCCAAGGUAGUGGUGUUGUGCAGAGUGGCUCGGUGUUAGGCAAAGACAGGAAGCUGAAGUGCCCAGGCUUGCUUGGCAUUCCAGCAUGUCCAAGAACGCAUUUUGAAUGCAGACUGCUGAUAGAGUUUCGGUUGAAAACAGGUUGAAAAUGAAAAAGGCAAUCUCCUCAAAUAUACACGCUCCACAUCAGUCAGACUGAGGGGACAUAUUGGCAGCAUGUCACAUUAUUUCUAGAGCACCAAUGUGAAUUGAUAUAUUACAAAAAUGUGAUUAUCUGUAAUUAUUUGUGCUAAUGUGAAACUAUUUUUUCUGACCAAACUUGUUAGCAGUUUUGAAAUUCAAAUUGUCAGUAUAACGUUGUUCAAUCUAUGUUCAAUCUUUUGGUCCAAGUUGUGUCCAAACGAUUAGCCCGAGUUAGCACUAUCUGCAUGACAGAAGGGUUUUCUAUGUCUGUUAAAAUCCCGCAUUGUUGCAGGUGGAUAUUCAGUGUUUCACACAAUGUAUGGUAUAAUAUUGUAUAUUGUGUUCAAUAAAAUCUGAAACUACUUUUCUAUGAAGUGAUUAAAAAAGAAAGCAUGAAUAUAUAUA